UUGUAAUCACGUUUAAUCCAUAAAUAUGUCACGACACGAGUUUUGUAAACGUAGAAUAUUGUACCCUUUACUGUAAACCCUAAAACUCAAUUUGUUUGCUUUGCUUAGGAAGAAGAAGCUAUGGCAGCGGCAUUCCUCCCCGACGAACUCAUCAUGGAAAUCCUCUCUUGUCUCCCCGUUAAACCUCUUAUGAAAUUCAGAUGCGUCAACAAGUUUUUCAACACUGUCAUCUCUGAUCCUCAAUUCGUUGAAGUGCAUCUCAAUAAAUCAGUACGAAACCCGCACCUCACAUCAAUUUUGGAACAAUAUAACGAGGAUAAACAAGUAAUUGAUUGGAAUCUUGUAACCUUCCCAAUUUCUCGUUUACUCGAGAAUCACUCGACCUCCGUUCUUUAUUAUGAUCCUUACUAUAGAUUGACCAAUGACUACUGCCGUUGGUGGGUCGUUGGUUGGUGUAAUGGAUUGCUAUGCUUGAUUGAUAUGCGUAAGUCACGUUCUCAAGAUUCACGAAUCUGUUUUUGGAACCCCGCCACUAGGACAAAAUCUGAGUAUUUGUUACCCUCUUCUAACAAUUGUAUUUGGUUUGCUUUUGGUUACGAUACUUUGGCCAAAACUUAUAAGGUGGUGUCAUUCUGCAAAGAGUUGGACGUGGAGCAUGGUAAUCCAAGAAUCUGGGUGAAAAUUUUCAGCAUGGGGAAUAAUUCUUGGAGAAAUAUUCAAUGCUUCCCCAUGCUUCCACUUUGCAGGUUUAAUAACCAUGGGGUGUAUUUGAAUGAUACUAUUAACUGGUUGGCUCUACGUGAUCACUCUGUUUCGGAUAUAUUUUAUUGGAAUGAUAGACUUACUACUGUUAAGCAAUGUGUGAUUCUUUCACUUGAUCUAUCAAGUGAGAAAUACACUCAAUUUUUGCUUCCUCGGGAUUUUGAUAAGGUUCCACGUUAUCAGCCAAAGCUUGUUGUUUUGAUGGGCUGUCUUUGUUUUUGUCAUGAUUUUGAGGAAACUCAUUCUGUUAUAUGGCAAAUGAAGGAUUUUGGCGCCCAAGAGUCUUGGAUUCAACUAUUAAAAAUUAGUUAUAGCAAUUUCUUUUCACCAAUGGAGCAUAAACAGUUAGAUUUGUUACCACUAUAUCUUUCUGAGAACAGGGAUACAUUGAUAUUGGCAAAUGAUCACGAUGACGAAGAGGCAUUUAUCUAUAACUGCAAAGACAACAGAGUCAAGAGAAUUGAAAUUACCAAUAAAAUAUUGUGGUCCCGGACCAAUGAUUACGUUGAAAGUUUAGUUUUGACACAUUGAAUCAAUUUUGCAGGAUUUGUUUUCUUCUCCACUGCCAUUUUAUUUCACAAGUUCGUAUACGAAAUACAAGACUGAGUGGACCGGGCACUUAGCUCAUGUGCUUACCCGUCUUCUUUCAUAAUCUAUCUCCUGCCUUGCACAAAAAUGUAUAGUUGACAGUGCUGGUACCAACAUCGUCUCAACGCUUUUAAAAUUGUUAUACACAUGUUCGCAGUCACUGUGUCUGAUGGUAUUGUUCAUGCUGUUUCCGUCACAAUGACCAACUAUCUUCAUAAAGACAAGGAUCAGCCAUUACUUUUGGACUUGAAAGUUAGUUAUUCGCUGGUUGAAAGAAGGUGAUUCUAUUUUCAAGAUUUGGCUUAAUUUAGCGUUACGAUUAUAAUAAUUUUAUUGGGAAUGAUUUUGAUACUAUUAGCGCAUGCAAUUAUGAGAUAUCUAGAAUAAUUAAGGAAGUAUUUUAUAAUUUGAUUUUAAA